UGGGUCUGCGGUGAGCUGAGCGCUGCGCGGGUUGUAAGGCAAGCUCCCUUAGAACAGUCACAUCCGCCAUGGAAAAACGCGAGGCGUUCAUCCAAGCAGUAUCUAAGAAGUUGGUUGAAGAGUUUCUGCAGUUUCUUCAGUUUGAUAAAGAUCCUUCUGAUCCUUUCAGCUUAAGUGAGUUACUAGAUGAAUUAUCAAGGAAACAGAAAGAAGAAUUAUGGCAAAGGCUGAAGGACUUACUAACAGAAACAUUGCUGGAAAGCCCUGUGGAUGUGUGGCAGACAGUGCAAGUCCAGGGUGCAGACGCUAUGGAAUCAGAGCACAUUCCAAAGAUGAAAAAGAGCAUAGAAAUAACACACGCAAUUGUGACUGUAAUUCUUGCUUCUGUAUCUAUAAUAAACGAGCAUGAGAACUAUGGAGCCCUCCUGGAGUGUGCGGUUAUAUUGAAUGGUAUUUUAUAUGCAUUACCUGAAUCUGAACAGAAACUCCAGAACUCUAUUCAGGAUCUGUGUGUCAAAUGGUGGGAAAGGGGCCUUCCUGCCAAGGAGGAUAUGGGAAAGACUGCAUUUGUCAUGCUGCUGAGGAGGAGUCUGGAGACCAAAACAGGCGCGGAUCUGUGUCGGCUGUGGGGCAUCCACCAGGCUUUGUGCUGCUUUGAUUAUGAGUUGGAGGAAAGUAGAGACAUUAAAGAUAUGCUACUUGAGUGCUUCAUAAAUGUUAAUUACAUCAAGAAGGAAAAGGGAAGAAGAUUUCUUAGUUUUCUCUUUAGUUGGAAUAUAGACUUUAUUAAAAUGAUCCAUGAGACCAUUAAAAAUCAGUUAUCUGGAUUACAAAAGUCUUUGAUGGUACACAUUGCAGAAAUCUAUUUCAGAGCUUGGAAAAAGGCUUCGGGGAAAAUGUUGGAGACCAUUGAAAACUACUGCAUCCAGGACUUCAUGUUCCACGGCAUCCACCUUCCCAGGAGGUCUCCAGUGCACUCCAAAGUCCGAGAGGUGCUGAGUUACUUUCACCAACAGAAAGUCCGUCAGGGAGUGGAGGAGAUGCUUUAUAGGUUAUAUAAGCCCAUCCUGUGGAGAGGACUAAAGGCCAGAAAUUCUGAAGUUCGAGCAAAUGCUGCAUUGUUGUUUGUUGAAGCAUUUCCUGUUAGAGAUCCAAACUUCACUGCCACUGAAAUGGACAGUGAAAUUCAGAAGCAGUUUGAAGAACUCUAUAACCUUUUAGAAGAUCCUUAUCCACGGGUCCGUUCCACAGGCAUUCUUGGUGUUUGUAAAAUAACUUCUAAAUACUGGGAAAUGAUGCCCCCCACCAUUCUUGUUGACCUCUUGAAGAAAGUCACAGGGGAACUGGCAUUUGAUAUAAGCUCAGCUGAUGUUCGGUGUUCUGUUUUUAAGUGUUUGCCAAUUAUUUUGGACAACAAACUGAGCCACCCAUUAUUAGAACAGCUUUUGCCACCACUCAGGUAUAGUCUCCACGAUAACUCAGAGAAAGUGCGGGUGGCUUUUGUGGAUUUGCUGCUGAAGAUCAAGGCUGUGAGGGCUGCAAAGUUUUGGAAAAUAUGCCCCAUGGAGGACAUUUUGGUUCGCCUGGAAAUGGAUUCUAGGCCUGUGUCUCGGCGCCUGGUGAGCCUCAUCUUCAACUCUUUUCUGCCUGUGAACCAGCCAGAGGAGGUGUGGUGUGAGCGCUGUGUCUCGCUGAUCCAGAUGAAUCGCGCAGCUGCCAGGAGGUUCUAUCAGUAUGCCCAUGAGCAUACCGCCAGCACAAACAUAGCGAAGCUUAUGCACGUCAUCCGCCACUGCUUGAACGCCUGUAUCCAGAGGACUCUGAGGGAGGGCCCAGAGGCCCACAAGGAGUGCGAGAAGGAGAACGCCAGUAUACUAGACAAAACAUUGUCAGUGAAUGACACUGCGUCCAUGGCAGGCUUACUAGAAAUCAUCGUGAUCCUCUGGAAGAACAUCCAUAGAAGCCUGGAAAAUAAUAAAGAGGCCAAAGUUUAUACCAUUAAUAAGUUUGCCUCUGUGCUUCCAGAGUACCUGAAGGUAUUCAAGGAUGAGCACUGCAAGAUCCCAUUGUUCAUGCUAAUGUCCUUCUUGCCAGCCUCUGCUGUCCCUGUGUUCAGCUGUGGUGUGAUUUCUGCUCUGAGAAAUCAGGAGGAGAUUGUUACUGGCAGGAGCUACUGUACCUUGCUCGAUUGUCUCUGUUCCUGGGGGAAAGUGGGGCAUGUCCUGGAGCUCAUUGUGGACUGGCUGCCUACAAUGCCACCUCCAACCAAGAGUAAUUUGUCCUCUAAGCGUGAAGUGCAAAUCAAUGACACAUGCUCAGUGAAACCUGAGAUAGCAUUGUUGUACAUGGAGUAUUUGCUGACCCAUCCGAAGAAUCGAGAGUGUCUGCUGUCUGCACCCCAGAAGAAACUGAACCAGCUUUUAAAAGCACUUGAGGGAUCCAAGGCAGAUCUGGAAUCAUUUCUUCAUUGUCCAAGUGGGAAUCCCCUCAACUUCAACAAAACAACUGCCCUGCACGCCUUUGGUCUGUACUGUAGGAUGAGCGUGCAUCUUCAGUACAAGUUCUGCUCAGAGGAGAAAAUUCAUCUGUCCAUCUUGAAUGACACUGGGUCUUGGUUAGAAAACAAAGUUUUACCUCUUCUUGAAGACCAAGAAGAGGAGUAUCUGAAGCUUCGGAGGGAUGUUUAUCAACAGAUAAUCCAGACUUACUUGGCUGUGUGUAAAGAUGCUGUCAUGGUGGGGCUUGGAGAUCCUAAAUUUCAGAUGCAACUUUUACAGCGGAGUUUUGGAAUAAUGAAAGCAGUGAAGGGAUUUUUUUAUGUUUCAUUACUACUUGGCAUUCUGAAGGAGAUAGCUGGGAACUCCAUGAUUCACGCAACAGAUUCAGAUGAAAAACUUACAGUGCUGUUUGACUUAGUCCAGGAAGUGUUUCAGAAGAUGUUGGAAUGUGUUGCCUGUAUCUUCAAGAAGCAGCCUGAAGAAAGUCUGCUGCUCUUUCAUUCUGUUCACACCCCUCUUCAUGAGUUCAUCUCCAUUAUCCAGUCCUGGCAUAAGGACACCGCAGUGCACCAUGCUGUGCUCUCUACUCUGAUUGCUGCACCUGUGGUUGAAAUAAGUCACCAGCUGCAGAAGGUUUCUGAUAUAGAAGAGCUGACCUCCCCUCAAUGUCUAGCUGACCUUCCUCCAUUUUCAAGGUGUUUAGUGGGAGUAAUAAUGAAGUCUCCGGAUGUGGUCAGGUCAUUUUUGGAUGAACUAAAGGCAUGUGUAACUUCUGGUGACAUUGAAGGCAUUGUGUGCCUCACAGCUGUUCUGCAUAUGAUUUUGGUUAUUAACAAAGGUAAACACGUAAGUGCAAAGGCUAAGGAGGUUGCAGCAACUGUGAACAGAAAGCUGAAGACCUUCAUGGAGAUCACUUUGGAAGAGGAUAGCCUUGAAAGAUUCCUGUAUGAGUUAUCAAUGCGAACUCUGGGACAAUUUCUGAAUUCAUGACAAAACCACCAUCUCUGGGUGUGUAGAAAUAGAGAAAGACUCAUGAAAGUGAAAUGUAUGUAUAUCUUCCUUGCUUUUUUUUUUUUUCCAUCAGACUAAGCCUGGAGGCCUGAGUCUGUAAGGCCCACAGCCAGGUCUGUUGGUACCCAAAGAUGGAGACCAGUACAUACAGCACUGGUGUUCUACCAUACACAGUGUGCCUUUAACCAACUGGCAGAGAUGGAGAGUGCUAAAAAUCAUGUGAGCAAAAGACUGGCAAGCACCUCACUACUCUUCCCCAGAAGACCUGGCAAAGCUUAUGGAAACUGUGGCAUGGGCAACUCUUAUAUUCCUUGGCCAUGACUUACCCAUUAUUUAUUAUUUGUUAUGAAAUUCUCCUGGAGCAGAUUUCUCUUUGGCCUUUCAGCAGGGAUAUCAUUAGCCCACACAGGACCUUUCUUCAAAUGGUGAAAAGAAUCACUUCAUCAAAGUAUUUCACUGCCAUCUGUUGUACAGUUGUAAUAAAUACACAGAAUAUAUAGCACUGAUAAGAAGUAUCUGCGUACUCCAUUGCACUUGGGCUCAGCUCAACUCUUAAAUCUGAGCUAUAACUUACAUUUUAGCCCUACUCUAAAGGCAGCAGCCUCCUUCUACAAAAGGCAUUCAGAUCCGAGAAGACUCCUCGUUUGCGUGUCACUGUGUACCAUGCACAGUCAGGGACAGAGCAGACAUUAAGAAUAAACAAAAACAAAACAAAAAACCCAAAACCCUACCAAAGUGGAAGUGAAUUGAGGAAAGCCUGGGUUAGGAGCGAGUUGCCACCUAGAAAUGAUUGACGUAUCUCAUGCUACAGUGAAGUGUUGCUCAGUGAAUGCAUGAGCCCAGUUGCCUCUGUUUUCCCUUUGUAGGUUGCUGGCAGAGGAACAGGCCAUUUUCUGCAUUGAUUAUUGAAAAGUAAGCAGAGAACUCAAGAGUUAUAGGAGUGCCCUGGUCCUGUAUAAAUGAUAUGAAAGAGAAAAAGGAUCUUGUUAAAAAAAUGACAUAAUAUGCAACCAUGCCUAGGCAAUAACAACAAGUUCAUGUCCUUUGUCUAAAAAUGCUAGAAGCCAUGGCACCAGCACCAUGGUAGAAGAAUCUUCUGAGCCUCAGGGCAAUACUAGGCUUCUUCUAUAAUACUUCUGUAACCUAUGUUACCCCCUCAGUACCCUUUCCCCAGCAAAGACUUUGGCAAGUAGGGUAGAGAGCUCAGGGAUGACUGACUGCACUGGUGAUGGAGGAGGGCCUCAGCAGGUGGGAAAGGAAAGGUAGCCAGAUAAGGUUGAGGAUUUGACAUCACACAGGAUUAGACAGUUGAAGAAGUUGAACCAGUUUGUCUUGCAGACAUCUAUAAAGACAAAUGCAACAAGGAUAUUCGGGAAGUUGGCAAACUAACAGGACUUGACUUUUAAUGAUAUACCUCUGGAUGUAAUAUGCUGCUGAGAGGAUCAUUAGCAUAGUGAGAAGAAUUUACAUUAUGACAUAGCAUGACUUGCAAUUUACUGAAGACCAAUAAUAGUAACUAAACUGUUAGUUGCACUUUUGACAUCAUGACCAGAUCAUCAGUGAGGGACAGAUUCUCCAGGAAGUUGGCUUUGUGAUUACUGAGACAAGAAGAACAGCUACCACAAGAACACAGAACCUUCAGUGUGAUGUGCUUCAGAGAAGACUCCAUAGACACACAUACACAGAAGACCUGACUAUUGACCAAAUUACAGGGUUGGCUUUUUGUUUUUGCUUGUAGCCAAGUAAACAAGAAGCCACUGGGUACCCUCCAAUGCUUCGGACUUUUAAAAAUAAUCGUAAUUGGAUUGUUUUAGUUCUCUUAUUUUUGUGAGGUGGUUGGUUGUAUUGAAGAAAGAAG